GUGUCUGAAAUUCGAUUCAUCGUUAUUCGCAUCGCUUCCUGCAAGACGUUCAAGUACGACGUGCGAUGCGCAUAUCUUCAUCUAAUCAAUCGUAAAUCGUGCUUUAAAAAAAAAAAAAAAUAAUAAUCAUUCUCCUCGAGAAGUCGUUGGUGAUUUCUAAAGAUUGAUGAUAUAAUUUUGGAAUAAUCGAGCAUCAUUUUUUUUUUUUUUUCUAAAAAUUGAUUCUGCCAACGUGUGUUUCUCAAAUUGAUAUUACGUCGUUGCGGAAAGUAGGUAGAAUUUAUUAAACUCAGAGUUGAGAAUUUAAACAUUCUGAUUCAAGCACAUACAUAUCAAAUUGAGAUAUGCCGGCUUGAAGAUUUUAAAUAUAUCUAAAUUGAAAAAUUUAAAUAUCAAAGUAUAAUAAAAAAUUCAAGCAUCUGAAAUAAAUGGAUUUAAAUUAUAAUAAUUAUUUAAAAUCUUAAAGAGAGCGAAAGAGUGCGCGCUUUAAACAUAUCAUAAGUUAAAAGUUCGAAUAUAAUUUUCGGUGAUACUGAAACUUCAAUAACGCGGAAAACUCGAGACAUUUAAAAUUUCAAUAAAUUAGCAGUCUUAAUAUUUUAGAAUUUAAAGAAUAAAUUAUCUAAUUAUUUAAAACUCUAGAGUUUGAAACAUUCUAAAGUUGUGCAGAGAUAAUUAGCGAAUCAAAAAUCAAGGAUUUGAUGAUCGCAAGAGUUGAACCUCUCAACUUUUAUCUCCGAAUUCGCAGCAUCGAAGAUUUAUCUAUCUCGGAGAGCAUUUAAUCAAAAGUGGAACAUUUCAUUGAUUCCGUAUAUCCAGAGCAUUCUCGUAGAAGCUCAGCCUCUCGUAAGCGAAAGUAAGCGGAGGGAAGACCACAGCACGGUCGAGAGUAAAACAGGUCUUCGCGAAUUGUCGGUGCUCGUUUGGUGAACGAGAUAACGAAUCGACUCGUCUAUAUUCAAGCCGACUAUAUACUUUUCUCGUUAACAGUGACAGACUUAGAUAUCUUGAUCCCUGAUGCGUAGAUCGACCUGGGGACGCUCAUAGACCAGGCAAUCACGUCGAUCUCUCACUGAAAGACGGAUAGGGUGAUCACGGUCAGACUGAUCGCUGAAGGAGCGAUAAAACAUGUCGAGGCUGCUGAAAGGAGAGCCGACAGGCGGUUAUGUGAUUGCCUCGUGCGCGGAUCGAGGAUCGUAUUAGCCCGACUGGCAGUGACGCAUGUCGUAAGCCACGUGAGACCGGAGAAACGACGCGGUGGACGCCACGCAGGAUUUACGAAGAGAGAGAGAGAGAGAGAGAGAGAGAGAGUGUGUGUGUGUGAGAGCAAAGCAAGAGAAAUAGAGAGAACCGUGAUAGAGCUAGUACGAGCGCAAAACAGGCCAGCCAACGAGCCUUCCCAUUAUCUACCGGAAGUCAUAUGCCAAUACACGCGAAUAAAACGCGUACGGCUUGCGAAGAAAUUGAAAUGGUGGAGUUGUGUGGCAGCGGCCAAGCUUCUUCGGCCAUGGGGGUGAUAGGCAUCGGCUCGAUGGUGUCCGCGGCGACUUCGUCGUCCUCUUCGUCGACUACCACGACCACAGGCGCCUCAUCCUCGGCGUCAGGACGUGCCGGCGUCCUCGAGACUCAAGUGCGCGGUCAGUGGUACCGCGUCUUCGUCUCCUUGGAAGACGAUUAUCUCAGUAUUUCGCUCGACGAGAGUUGUGAGACCGGUAACAACACCCUGAACAACGGUAAUAUCAAUAAUAAUAAUGUGGACAGUUUGAACGAUCCGGAUGUGCCCGACUCGGUAGCUAAUCAGAAGCGUAUCGUCCGCGUGGUGAAAAGCGAUAACAACGGCCUCGGAAUUUCGAUUAAGGGCGGAAAGGAAAACAAAAUGCCUAUUCUCAUCUCGAAGAUCUUUAAGGGCAUGGCGGCAGACGCCACUGAGCAGCUUUACGUUGGCGACGCUAUUUUGGCGGUAAACGGCGAGGAUCUACGGGAAGCCACGCACGACGAAGCGGUAAAGGCGCUGAAGAGAGCCGGCAAGGUCGUUGAACUGGAAGUGAAAUACCUGCGGGAAGUGACGCCGUACUUCAGGAAGGCUUCGAUCAUCCAGGAAGUGGGUUGGGAACUUCAGCGCGGCUUCCUCAGCGCGACGCCGCCGCCGCCAAAGUCACCACCGCGGGCGGACACUCGUUAUCUGCCAUUACAACUCUGCCGACUCACCAGGGCGCAUCCCACUUCCGAUCCCGAAGGCCGCAUUCUCGAGCUGCACUCGCCCGACGGCGUCCACGAAUGCUGGUUGAGAGCCGCUGACAGCACCGAGGCGAAUGUCUGGUUCAAUGCUUUGCACUCGGCGUUGGCAGCUCUCACCUUGAAAGCAUUACGACUGGCCUCAGCACUUCCGGAUCCGCAGCAGCUUCAGCACAUCGGCUGGCUCGCGAGGAGACAUUGCCUUCAGAACGGACGAGCUAGCAGCGAGAGCAGCGAGGACGGGGCCGGAAGUAGCGCGAGCACUUCGCGAGGUGCCGGAAGUGGAUUCGGUCUCACCGGCGGCUGCACCGGCGGAUGGCGCAGCGUCUUUGGCGCAGUUUCAGGCCGAGAACUCAGACUGUACGAGUGCGCGCCUUGGAGUCCAGAGGCUUGGGCUUCGCCCAGCAUUACCUGUCCCCUCAUCGCGACACGACUGGUUUCCUCCCCAACGCGACAGAACGAAGCGGCGAGCAGCAGUAGCGGUUCGGCACAACACGGGGCGACGUUCGCGGUUCGGGUUGGCACGAUCGACGGGGUGAUCACGCAUCAUUUACGAGCUGAAACACGAAGAGAUCUGGCGGCUUGGGCGCGGGCGAUCGUUCAGGGAUGUCACGCGGCUGCUCACUCCUUGCGGGAGUACACCGUUCGUUGCACAUGGCAAGGUAAGGCCUGUCAGUUAGUUGUCAACCAUGAGGAAGGAUUCGCGCUUUAUGCCGCUGGAACGCGGAGCACUGCCGGUAACGGCGUAAGUCCUGGAUCACCACCCACGCCGCUCUGGAGAAGAUCCUUCGACAAAUUGAAAAUGUCCGCGGACGACGGCGCCCGUCUCCUGUGGCUUGAUUUCGGGGGCGAGGAUGGCGAAAUUGAGCUCGACCUGGAGAGCUGUCCGAAACCGAUCGUGUUUGUCCUGCACAAUUUUCUUUCGGCGAAGAUUCACCGGCUCGGUCUGAGCGCAUAGGGGCACGAGGGGGCCCUCACAGAGGCCCCCGAUUUACCCCCUCACACUACCAGGUCUAUUACCAGCGUCUUUCUUCAUUGAACCAGAAUGAAUCACGGCGCGAAAGAGAAAAGGGCUUUCUCUCUCUUCGAGGAUUCGAUAUUAACGAGGAUGAGGCACGUGUAAGAAAUGCAAGGACUAUUCUUGCCUGUCGCGUCGCGUACGGUUCUGUUUCGCGGCUUUAAAUCGCGAAGAAGAGAUAGAUUUGAAAUAAAGAUGAGUAACGGUGAAACAAUUUGGGAAUGACUGAUAUUAGGACAGAUAAUUCAGAGAGAAUAAUAGUCCGAGGAUUCUAAAAUUGCAAGAUUUAUAAGAGUCAAUCUAGCAAAGUUCCAAUAUAUGUAUAUAACUCUUUCUCGAAUUAAUAUCUCCAUUUAUUUAAUACAGAACAUUCUGAAAAUUGAAUAUUCUAAGAAUGAGAUAUUUUUGAGGUUUUAGAUAAAUAUUUACGAGUCUGAAACCUUGAAAUCUGAGACAUUUUUAAAAAUAGUUUUCAAUAAUUACAGAAAUGACAAUUAUUAACUUUUCUCAAGAAUCUAACAUUUACAGUCCCAAAUGUUAUUGCAUGUUUAAGUAUUUAAGUAUUUAUCAAGAAUUUUCAACAAGUAAAAUAUUUACAAUUUACAAUAAUAUCUCACUCUUUCUGAAAUUGAGAAUAUUCUUUCAAUAUCUAAGAUCUAAAAAUUAAAAAAAAAAAAAGAAACAUCGUAACGGCCUAAUUCUUUUUAUCAAAGAAACAAAAAUCCAAAUUGCGCACAUUCUAGAAUUCUCGGACUUGGCGCAAAGAUUCCAGGAUUGGAAUCGUUAGAGAGAUACUAAGAUGUAAUAAGAUGCAAAGAGGACUAUAUGUGUAUAAGUUUGAGAGUCCAUAUAGAAUCUUCAAGAGAAGCUCGAUUACGAUAAAUCGACUCGAGACGAUCUUCAAAAAUCGGGCGACAGUCCCUUUUCUCCUUUUUUUUUUUUUCUCCAACGAUAAUCGAUACGAAGCCAUCCACGAGACGAUAUAUUGAAGAAAGUACGACACGCAACAAGGACAGAGAGGCAGAGGGGUGAGGACGCACACCCACGCCACUAAUCACACGCCUAAGUAACUAAUUAUAUAAUUAACUAUUUACCUAAUCAUAAGAGUAUAUAUAUAUAUAUAUAUAAGACUAAUCGCAAAAGAACUGAUUUGGCGGAUUAUCGAUAAAUAUUCACUGAUCCUGUGUCGGAUGUCAAAUUGUGGUUAUUGUAAUGAGCAUGGAAACCAGAUAGACGCGAUUGUUUAAACGACGUUAUGAGAUACUUUGAUGUAUUUUGGCUUUCAAAAGCAAUUCGAUAAUAAUCUGAAUUUUGGGAAAUAAUAUACAAUCGCACUAUUAUAUUCUGAUGAUUGCUAAAUAUAUUUUCGAAAAAAUGUUUUAUUAAAUUAAAUUUUAUUUUAAUGUUGAAUUUCAAUGUCUAUAAUGUCUCAUUUAAGAAAAUUUGUAAAAUAAAUAUUUUACGGAAAAUGGUACGUUUUGAUUUUGGAUUAAUAAUUUGAUUUUAUUAUUAUAAAUAUUUUGAUUUUUUUAAUUUGAAUUUAAUUGAUUCAAUUAAACCAAUUUAAUUAAAUUACGAUAUUUUAGAUAAAUGCUAUUUUUAAUUUUAUCAAUUUAUUUUAUUAAUUUAUUUUAGUGUUUUCAGUAAUAAAUUAUUCGUAAUUUGAUGUAGAGAUGAGAUAUUUUAUAAUCUAUAAGCAUCUUCACACACAAAUACGCAAACAUAUUGACAUUUUAUUUAGUCAAUGUUCAUAUGUUCAUCGUUCGUGUUAUUCGGCUAAAUAAAUUUUCAACAGAUUUUAAUUAUUCUUAUAUACACACUAAAACAUUUUACAUAAAAAGAAUCUUAGAAUUUCUCUUUGUCGUUUAAACAUCGCGAUAAUUUUGAUCUCGCGCACGAUCGAGACAUUUAGGCGAAGCGUGUAACGUACUCGUUACGAGAGUAGAAGCUAUCAUAAUAAGGCCUAUGUUUUCAUCGUAUAUAUAACGUUAAUCGUGAUCAUCUAUUUCCAAUAUCCGCUCUCUCAUCGAGAUAUCACGUUGUAUGCAUUCGAUGUAAACACACCUACCAAUUAUAUAAUCAUCUUCGAGAUCGCGUAAUAUUAUAUUACGGCAUAAUCGAAACACAUUCGCGAUCAACUUUAUUGUAAUGAAAUAAUAGUGUCGCUGUAACAUUCAUCAUUUUUCUAUCAAUGCAAUGCAACGCAAAACAGAAUGUCAGCGUUAAAUGCGCGAUGAAAACACGGUCAUUAUUAUCUUAACAAUGAGCCGCUCAUUGGUAUUUAGACCCUUCAGUUCCCUCGAAAGUUUGCAAGGUACACAUUUCUUUAAUUCAUCUAAAACAUAAAGAGAGAGAAACAGAAAAGAAUGAAUAAUAAUAAUAAUAAUAAUAAAUCUGUUUAUUAUUGUGAUCAAGCUUUGUCAAACUAUAUUAUACAAAUGUAUAUUGCAAUGCAAAAAUAAAGAGAGAAAAUGGGAUAGAUAUUUUGUUGCGGUUAAUUAUAAUUAACGCGCGCGUUACUUUGUAAAAACAGGCUCCUCUCAAUUGGCGAGCCGUGUUAUUUGCCGAGGUAAAAAUUAUUACAUUUUACGUGCUUUAAUUUUACACGAGGAUCUGGUCAGCUUCACUCGCACGUUUUUUUUUUUCGAGCCAAAAAAAAUUUUACGCGCGUCACACGGUACUAAAGUCCACGAAGUUGGGAACACCUGGAAAGGACUUAAGGAGUUUACUCUCUUGAUCUUCCAGCAGGGAACUUUUCGCGAGAUAACGUGUUUCGUUUCGGUAAGGCGAUAUUUAUGUCACUCCCCCACCUGCCCACAGUCAAAGCGCCUCGAGUGAGUUCGCGGAAGUUGGAAUAUCCUUCCGCGCGUUUCUCGGCCAAAAUACCUCCUCGGAAUUGUACUCGAGAGGCGAUCGCCAUCGAUCUCCUAGCCAGACAAAAUGGAAAUAUCCUCCUGGCGGCCGUUUCGUGACGAGGCGAGGCGAGACGGAAAUCGAGGUUGACUUACGUUCAGGAUCUUCCAUCUUCUCGUGUUCUCGUGUUGGAGGAGAGGAGCUUUUAAAUUCUAGAAUUCGGCAGUAUUUGCAAAAUUCUUGUUUCGCGUCUAUUUAUAUAUAAAGCGAAAAAAUCAAAUCAUCUGAAGAAUCAAAUCGUCGAAAGAGCAAUAUUUAUAAGAUUUGUAAUUUAAUAAAAGAAAAAGUACGUGAUCGCAUUUUUUUCCGAAAAUCAAGAAGGAAAAAGUUUAUCGUGCAGGAUCGAGGGAACCGAGUAUGUAUGUCGACAUUAAUCUAAAAGAACGAUCCGUUGCACAAUCUAAAAAAAUUACGCAAACGACUAAAAAUUUGUCAAGCAUUUUAAUUUUAUAGUAUAUGAUUCCGGUGAAUUAGACUUAACGCGGAACGUUACGUUCUUAACAUAUCCGUGCAAGAGUCGUGGCGGGGCAAACUUUUAGAUAGUAUGCGAAUCGCGAAAAAUGUCGUUCUGAACCACUUCGGCGUUAUUUACGACUUGGACAAAACUCAAUUAAAAAAAAAAAAAAAAAUAGCGCUCGAAACAGAAGAAGGUUCCUUGAUAAAUCAAUGGGCGGCCAUUUUAGUUGUUUUGUACGAUAUUCAUAUUCUUUAACGCAGGUAAACUUAAAGUAGCAGAAAGCGUCGAUGUGUGCAGCCUGAUUUUUUUGUUUCUCAGAAGCAAUAGUUUAUCUGAAUGAUGGUUCAUGUUAUGUUUUGCUCAGAAUAUAAGAAUAAAAAAUUUAUAAAAUAAGAUAGAAAGAGGAUAAGAUUGUGAGGAUUUCCAAGGAUCCGCGAGAUUUUUACUGGAAAAAUAAAAAUAAAAUAAUGAUUUUUAGAAGAUAUAAUCAAAGAAUUCAUCUAUGUACGUGUAUAUAUAAUCUUGAAACUCAUUUCAUUGCGAUAUCUCUUUUUGCUUAUAAAUAGAUUUAUUUUUAACUUUUUAAAUAAAUUUUAAGACAAUUAUCUCUGAUGUUUAAAAUAUAUAUGAAAGUUAGAAAUUUAAGAAAAAAAAUCAGCAGUUUAUAUACAUCUAAAUAAAAUAUAAAUCAAAUUUUAUAAAUUUAAUAAAUUAAAAUUUAUAAAGAUCUGAUCCUUCGAAAACAUAAGAAUUUUCAGAAAAUGCAAAAUCCUUGGAAACCAAUCUACAAAUUAUGUGUGCUCCUAAUUUCUAAAAAUACGGAGGAUCUAAAAUUUUCUUUUUUGAUUACGCGACUUGGCAAUUGAGAAUAUUUUUUUAAUUUUAAGAAGUUAAUCUUUUUCAAAGGCUUUAAAACAUCAUUACAAUUUUAUCGACAAUAUUUUCUAUAUAUUUCCGGAGUUCUUAAAUUAUCUCGAAACGAGGAAAUCAGGCGUCUAGCAAGUUAUCUUUGACACAAGGUUACGAAAGAAAUGUAAGAAUGAAGGCUUCUUCACAGACUUUUAUAGCAUAUCGAAAUGUACUCGAUAUAUUGUACUUUACCAGACUAUAUAUCGGUACAAAUAACCAUUGGCCAUUGCGCUGUCAUUUCUUUAUUGCAAAAUAAAUCAUCUAUAUUAUCGAAUAAUAAGCUUUCUCUCUCUCAGGAACUUGUUUGUACUGUUUCUACAUUCUCGGAGUAUUAAUGAGACCAAAUUUUUCAGUGCUUGAUCUCUUCAUUAUUUUUCCGUGCAUUUAUUUUUGACUAUUCUAUUAAUAAUAAUAAUAAUAUUAACGGGAGAUGAUGAUGAUAAUAAUAAUGAUAAUAAUACGUCUACUUAGGACAGCGACAUGAAACGGGUAACCACCGCGAAGCGGGGUCUUGUCACAGGGUAAUGCCCGCAUAGCCGCCUUGUAAUUUCGGAGGCUACAGGACGGAACUGACGGGCAAACCUUCACACAAUAAGGACGAUGAUAAUAAUAAUGAUAUUUUAACUACCGAGACAAAUUUUUCUAAUAUAUCGCAAAUUUUGCUAUCACCAAAUGGUCUGGCGUGUGUUAUAAAAGCCUGUGAUCCUCUCUUUUUGAUCUGUAUAAAAAAAAAAGAAAAAAAAAAUACGAGUGUCUCCCAUCGAGAUUGUUGAGUGUUGUACAGGGUGGGCGUACAAUAAUAAGAUUUCGAGAUUAAGUAGACAUAUCAACGAAGUCAUGUAAUAUUGAUUGUGCCCAUUUGUCACUUUCCGAGCGCUCCUCGAGUCGAACCGGAAGGAUCCUUUAUUACCCUUGCCCGUAUAUGCGGGUUUGUCUAUGUACAUAGAUUAUUUAACGAAAUCGCCUACAGACGAUUGUCUACAAACGAUGAGAUCGCUUAUUUAUUUAUGUCAAAAAUUACUACAUUGCAACAACGUUACAUAUUAUAUUGCAAUAAUUGUACUUGUAAUUAUGAUAUAUAUUAUAUAAUUUGAGAUUUUAGAUUAAAGAUUAGGACUAAAUAAAAUUGAAAUAAUUGAAAUUUGACGAUUAGUUUUAUUUAAUUUACGUUCAGAAAGCUCUGUGUACAGUAUUGAAACAAUAAUUUAUGUAGAAAACAAUAUAUAGGAUAAUUAAUAUUUUUAAGAAUACUUAAAAAAUAUGUUUAAGGAAAACAAUUAAUAUUUUGUGAAUAUUUUAUGAGCAUGCUAGAAUGUGAGGUAAUCACAAAUCUUUGGCAUCGAGGAAAAUUACGGAGCAAGGAGACCGUAGUGGUAAAUUAAUGCAUCCGUUUCGGAUCGAUGGAGCGCGACUUCCAUAAAGGCGCAUAAAGCGACUGUUAACGAGUUAUUAACAUGAUCAUUAUUAACGAACUAAGUUGAACAUCGAGGAUUUUAUUAACGGAUUUGUUCGCGUGUGAAAUGCGUUAUUUUUCUAAUGAUUUCGAACGAGUUGUUGUCAGAACGUGACGGAAUCCUUCCGUUUUAUUUUCCCUAAGUUUUACAGCGAAUUUUGUAUUUCAAUGAGUUACCAAAUAAACAAGAAAGAUUAGAAC